UGUCACACACAGGACCAAGCAAGAACUCGCCCAUUUUUACCCAUUACAAAUGGAGGAACACGAAGAUGCUCAAUACUGUUUUCCAGACCAAAACUCUUCUUGCAGAAAGGCUUUGCUAUCGACAUCUAUUUACAUAACACUGUACGUCUUCAUCUCAUUGACUUCAGCGGUUACAGUAUUUUUGAACGUACUGGUGAUCAUCUCCGUCUCUCACUUCAAGAAGCUCCACACUCCAACCAACCUGCUCAUCCUUUCUCUGGCGGUGGCAGAUUUCCUCGUGGGACUGAUUGUGAUACCAGUAGUGGCUGUAACAGUAAUGGAAUCAUGUUGGUUCUAUGGGAAAUAUUUCUGUGUGAUUUCUCUAUAUAUCAAUUAUUUAUGUCUCUCUUUAUCUAUGGGCAAUUUGAUCUUGAUAUCUAUUGACCGCUAUGUUGCUGUGUGUGAUCCCUUGAAGUACCACUCAAAAAUAACAAUAACAAGAAUAAUUAGUUGUAUAUCAAUAACCUGGUGUUGUUGUAUCAUAUACAAUGCUGUUAUUUUAAAUAACUAUGUUAAUAUGAAGGUACCCAGACAGUGUUUGGAAGAAUGUUUUGUUGUUGUAGGAUUUAUCUGGAGGAGCAUCAUUGACAUUCUAUUUUCAAGUGUUAUCCCGUGCUCAAUUAUUAUAACACUUUAUUUGAAAAUAUUUGUUGUCGCCAGAUCACAGGCCAGAAAGGUAUUUAUAAAAGAGCCUGCCACCAAGUCUGGUGUUAAAACUGUACAGUCAAAUAAGUCUGAGAGAAAAGCAGCAAAAACUCUAUCUAUUGUAGUUUUCACCUAUCUCACUUGUUGGAUUCCAAUUUUUUUUAUCCAGUUUUCUCACCAAUCAUCAGUUUCCUUAAGCUUUCUGCCAUGUGUUAAUUCCUUAAUUAAUCCAAUAAUUUAUGCUUUCUUUUAUCCAUGGUUCAAAGUGACAACUAAACAUAUUUUAACUCUGAAGUUAAGGCGGUCAUAG